GCCAGAGUGAUUAAAAUAUUAACAUAAAAGUUCACGCGCGAGCGUAUGUUGGAGAUCCAAGUCUAUUAGACCUAUCUUUUGAACUAAAACCUAAAAGGCUAAAAACAAAGUUUUCCCACCUGCGAUUGCAAGUCUGCAUGACUGCAUUUCCCAACUCUCUCGACGAAGAAGCUCUUAAGAAGAAGCUUUAAAGUCUCAUUCUCUCAUCUCCGGUAACUUUUACAAUGGUCAGCAAAUCUGAGCACGCGUGACUUCUGGCUUGAAUUCCUCGAAGUUCAUGGCUGGUGGAGUAUGUUGCCAGACUAAUGUGCAUACAGUUUCACAGACUGCUCCUUCUCCGGGAAUCUCCUUGAUACACACUUUGCCUGAUGGAGCUGAAAUCUCAAGUGUCUCAACUACUGAUUCAUCAAGCGGUCCUUCUAAUUAUUCUCGCAAUGUGCUGGCAGCAUCUGGACCUCUCAAAGAUGUACAUGUACCAACAAGGUUGAUGGAGAAUUUUCUGGAAAUUGCCAGCAACAACACUAAGAAGGAUAUAGAGACCUGUGGAGUUCUUGGUGCCAUCCUUAAAGAUGGAACCUUUUAUAUUACCUCUCUAAUAAUACCAAAACAAGAAUCAACCUCCAAUUCUUGCCAGGCCCUACAAGAGGAGGAGAUGUUUGCCAUACUACAUGAACAAUCCCUCUUUCCAAUUGGAUGGAUUCAUAGCUGUUUUAUGUCAUCGAUCGAUUUGCAUACUCAAUAUUCGUAUCAGGUCAUGGUACCAGAGGCUAUUGGAAUUGUCAUGGCUCCUAUCGAUAAAUCAAGGGCAUAUGGAAUAUUCCGGCUAUCUGAUGGUGGAAUGAAAAUCCUCAAGGACUGCCCUGAGAAGGGAUUUCAUCUUCAUAAAGAACCAGUUGAUGGGAGUCCUCUGUACGAGGAUUGCUCCAGUGUCUAUAUUAAUUCAUGUCUACGAUUAGAGAUAUUUGAUUUACGAUGACUGGAUGAAGUAGCAGUAACAUGUAUUUAUGCACAAGCUUUAUCUUGUUGAAAUAGGUAAACCGUCAAAUCUUCUGCAGAAGUUGUAAAUAAAAUAAUACUCCUUCUCCCCAAUUUAUGUCAUACUCUUUUCUUUUUCA